AUGUCAAGAUUAAAUGAAUAUCAAGUCAUUGGUAGACGUUUACCAACUGAUUCAGUUCCUGAACCAAAAUUAUAUAGAAUGAGAAUUUUUGCUCCAAAUGUUGUUGUUGCUAAAUCAAGAUAUUGGUAUUUCUUACAAAAAUUACACAAAGUUAAAAAAGCUUCAGGUGAAGUUGUUUCAGUUAAUGUUAUUUCUGAAGCUCACCCAACCAAAGUUAAAACUUUCGGUAUUUGGUUAAGAUACGAAUCAAGAUCUGGUGUCCACAACAUGUACAAAGAAUACAGAGAUGUUACCAGAGUUGGUGCUGUUGAAACUAUGUACGCUGAUUUAGCUGCUAGACAUAGAUCAAGAUUUAGAUCAAUCCACAUCUUAAAAGUUGUUGAAUUAGAAAAAAUUGAUGAUGUUAGAAGACAAUACGUUAAACAAUUCUUAACCAAAGAAUUAAAAUUCCCAUUACCUCACAGAAUUCCAAAAGGAGGUAAAAUCUUUGAAGCCAGAGCUCCAUCAACUUUCUAUUAA